GAAAAGCAGGGAUGAAAAUGAUUUUCAUGGGCAGAGCGCGAACACACCGCGGGAUGCGUGUGUCUCCUCUCUACCAUGAAGCGUUUAAUACAGAGAUAGGUUCAUAAUCAAGAGAUUACCUGCUCUUGUUAUUUAUUUAUUUUUUAAAAUUUCAAUCAGAGAGUCUCGUCGCGGUUUUACUGCUUCUGUCUGGCGUCUGCGAGUCUGCCGCGGAGCGGUUGUCACACAGGCCGAGAAUCGGAUUCUGUUGCUGGGAGGAGACCACACAGACUCGCCUCCCUCCCUGCUAGCAUUAUUAUUAGCUGGCUACGAUGCGUGUCUGCGGCUGUUUUAUUUUCUACACAGCAGACCACGUUACAACGAGGCAGGUCUUUGGCUAAUUGGUUGUGUAACCCUGCAGUAUCUAAAGGGUGACUUGGAAAUACGCAGCACCUUUCAAGGAUGGAUGUUGACUUAUGCGCCGGCGGGGACGGUACCAGAAAAAAAGUGGAGUUACCUGUGGCUGCAGAUGGCACAAUGGAUGUAGUACCUUUGGAGAUGUACGACUCUGCCAGAGCAAAAAUAGCUGCAAACCUGCGGUGGCUUUUUGCCAAAGCCUAUGGCAUCGACCAUAUUCCAGAGGAUCUGCGGGACCCGUUCUACACAGACCAGUACGACCAGGAGCACAUCAAACCCCCCGUCAUCCGUCUGCUUCUGUCCUGCGAGCUUUACUGCCGUGUGUGCGCUCUUAUCCUGAAGACCGAGCAGGCCGCGUCACUUCAGUCCCACCUGUCUGUCAUCCAGGCUCUGUCCAGAAAGGGCAUUUAUGUCAUGGAGAGCGACGACACGCCCGUCACAGACGGGGACCUGGCCUGCAUUCCUAUCAAAAUGAGUGCACACAUUUCAAUGAUCGAUGCUCUCAUGAUGGCCUACACAGUUGAGAUGAUCAGCAUCGAGAAAGUGGUGGCUUCUGUCAAGCGCUUUUCUACCUUCAGUGCCUCUAAGGAGCUGCCCUUUGACCUUGAGGACGCCAUGGUCUUCUGGAUUAACAAGGUGAACAUGAAAAUGAGGGAGAUGACAGAAAGGGAACACAAAGUGAAGCAUCACCCUCUGGAGUCGCCCAGCCACCAAAAGUCUCCCUCCAAAUGGUAUUGGAAGCUAGUCCCUGUCCGGUAUCGUCGAGAGCACGCAUCAGGUCGCCAGCUGCCCUUCUUCCCGCUGCUGGAAGACCUCAUGAGGGAUGUUUGUGAUGGAGCUGCGCUGCUCACCGUGGUCCACUACUACUGCCCUCAUAUCAUGAAGCUGGAGGAUAUUUGCCUGAAGGAAGUCCCUUCCAUCGCUGAUAGCCUGUACAACAUCCAGCUGCUGAGAGAAUUUGCCAGUGAAUAUCUGAAUAAAAGCUGCUAUCUGACAAUGGAGGACAUGCUCUAUUCACCGCUUGUUCUCAAGCACAAUGUUAUGGUGUUCAUUGCUGAGCUGUUCUGGUGGUUUGAGACGGUCAAGCCAGAGUUCGUCCAACCCAGGGACCUUCAAGAGUUUAAAGAUGCUCGAGCCAUAGCUCAUCCCAAGAGUGCCCGCCCAUCAGUGCCCAUCUCCAACGCCACCAAGCGCAGCUUUCUGACUAGUCCUGGCGUGGCAGAUAACCAGAGCAACCCCGAAGUCUGUAACAGGUACUUCCUGCACCCCGAAGGCUCUGACCCUCUUAAGGGCGGUCCUGCCUUCAGUCCCUCUCAUCCACUGCUUCCUCUUAGACAGAGGCAACAAAAGCAGCAAGGGGAUGACGGCGGAGGCUUGAGAAACCGUUCAAACUCUCUCAGUCAGAUGGACGGACAACAACUCAGAGGCUCUGCUGCAGCGUGGCUCGACAAAAGGCAAAGACCCCUGUCCACACUGAGCCCCUUCAUGCUGCAUUCGGCCACUGACAGCGACGCUGACAUUGCCUCUGGCGACAGCGUGAGUCUGGCUCGCUCCAUUAGCAAGGACAGCCUGGCGUCGAACGUCACCAACGUCACUCCUAAACAUCAAACCGUCGUCCACCAGUCGUCCCUCGCUGCCAUGCGAAGAGUCAACGGCCACAACCUACUGAGUCACGUCAACAUGGAGGACGGGGAAGAAACUCUCGCCGACGCUACUGUCAUCCCAAAACAAUCCGAUGGGCCUGUGGCGUCUGCCACAGUCAUACCCAAACCUUCCUCCGACUCCACGUCUGCCGCUGACGGCUUUUACCUUGAACCACUGAUGCCUGCCGUUCUGAAAACGGCUAAAGAAAAAUCUGUAUGUCUGAACAAAGAGGAGGAGAGCGGGGAGGGGCCCCGCUCGGCAGGUAGGGGUUCCUUACGCCGUGGAGAUGGGUCUUCAGCAGCCGUCCGCAGAAAAGCUCCCUCUGAUCUCAACCAGACGUUUCCCGCUCCAGGCGAAGAGGAACGCUUGGUGGACAAGCGACAGCAGACGGAUUUCAGACCGGUCAUAACCAGCAGCGUUAACUAUUCGUCCAGAGAGUCAGCCGAAGGUUUCUACCUACACUCGGACUCUGACGAGCCAAAGUGCGUGCAAUGUCCGGAGGCGGAGCUGGAGGACCUGGAUGAGGAAGAGGAAGAUCUGGACGAAGCUCUGACCACUAAAGACUCAAGGAAAGGUUACAGUGAAGCAGACGAAGAGGAGUCAGCCAAGCUCCAGGAGGACAUGAAUGUCAAAGAGCACGAAGACAAAGACUUUAAUGGCGGCAGCGGCCGCUCCAGCCCCUGCCUCAGCACACACUCCCAAGCUAGCAGCAUGGCCAGCGGCAGCGUGCGCAUGACCUCCUUUGCCGAGCGAAAAGCGCAGCAGCAGCGCUUCGGCAGCAACCAUGACCUGCGCUCCAGCGCCUCCAGCUCCCAGAGGACGACCCCGGACGGGUCGGAGAGCAGCGGACCCCUGUCGUCGUCUUGGAGACUGAAGAGAGAUCAGAGCCCCUCGUCCCCCUUGGGGGGGUGCAAUCGUCCAGGUGACGGCGGCACCAACGUGCUGGCCUCUGAAAUUGUUCAGCUCCGGAUGCAGCUGGAGGAGAAGCGGCGUGCUAUCGAGCACCAGAAGAAGAAGAUGGAGGUGCUGGCGGCGAGGCAGAGACAGAAGUUGGGGAAAGCAGCAUUUCUGCACAUUGUUAAGAAAGGAGGUGGACGGAGUGACACGCUGCCCAGCUCACUCAAAGCCGACAUCUCUAAAGAUGAUCUCAAUGGGGAGAAAGGACCCUUAAGCAAAGACGAUAUGUGUGUCGACACGCUACGGGGUGAGAAAGAGGUAGAGGGGACGGGUGCUUUAGAAGCGGACAAGAAGGGGAACGGUGGGAGCUUUUAUCUCGACGAGGAACUGGAUCUGAACGAGUGCAGCCGCUCCAUCGAGCUGCUGAACGAAGCCAUCGGCAGCAUCCAGCAGCAGAUGAUGCAGCUGUCACUGCAGCAGGAGAUGCUGAUGAAACAGAAUGUGCAAUCCCCACCCGGCGCAGCGCCACCUCCUCCGCACACAGGAGACAAAAACGGUGACUCGAAGGCGGGAGGCUUUCACUUCAUGGAGCACCUUUCUGGGACGGGCAGCGCUCCCACCAGGAAGCCGCCCAAGCUGAGCUCAGGCCGGAGCUCCAGGUCCAAGCCGUCCGAGCUGAAGCUAGCGAAGGAGCAGAGCCGACCGGCCUCCAGGGCUCUCACCCCGUCCCAGGGCGGGUCAGAAAUGUUAGCAAACCCACGGCAGUUAUCUGGGGGCAGGUCCCCCAGAGGCGAUCGAAACCCCACUGCUGCGGAGAUGAUGGACCGACCAGGAUCUGGGCAUAUCAGAAGCGCCACCUUCCGCCUUCACGACGAGGCCAACAUGCGCCUGCCAACCCGCGUCGACCUAGCGUGCGUGCCUGCAUCGGAACCGUUUGGCGAGUCUGGGUCCAGCACGCAGGUAGAGGGCGACGUCAGUUCCUCAGAGAAGGAGGGAGUCCUGUCAGAAGAGGCGCAGCGAAGCAAAACCCACCUGAUCGAGGUGGAUCUGUCCGAACUGAAGGCCCCAGCGGAAGAGGAGGGUGCCGAGGACGGAGCGACAGAGGAGGGCGAUGGAGAGCAGAAGUCAGUCAUGGGCUUCUUCUUCAAGGAUGAGCAGAAAGCUGAAGAUGAACUUGCGAAGAAGAGGGCAGCAUUCCUGCUGAAACAACAGAAGAAAGCCGAGGAGGCUCGUAUUCGCAAACAGCAACUAGAAGCUGAAUCUGAACUGAAACGAGACGAAGCCAGGCGAAAGGCAGAGGAGGACCGCUUGCGUAAAGAGGAGGAGAAGACGCGGCGGGAGCUGAUAAAGCAGGAGUAUCUGCGGCGGAAGCAGCAGGAGAUGUUUGAGGAGCAAGGCCUGGUGAAGCCCAAAACGCCCAAGCCCAAGCAGAAACACAAACACAAGGCAGUUAUCAGAGAGGAAUCUGCCACUGAUCAUUUCUCCAAGUGCUCUUCCACACCAGACAACCUGAUCAACGCCCAGUCAGGCUCCAAUCUGUCUCUGGCCUCUGCGGCGACAAACGAGGCCGACAGCGUCAACUCCGGAGGGGCCGGCUCCCAGCGCUGUGACUCUGUGGAGUCGUUUCCAGGCAGUCGGAACAACAGCCGAGCCGCAGAGAGAGACUGGGACAAUGGCUCCACUGCGUCUUCCAUCACUUCCAUGGCUGAAUACACUGGCCCUAAACUCUUCAAGGAGCCCAGUGCCAAGUCAAAUAAGCCCAUCAUUCACAAUGCAAUCUCUCAUUGCUGCCUGGCGGGGAAAGUCAACGAACCCCAGAAGAAUCAGAUCCUGGAGGAGCUGGAGAAGUGUGAAUCCAACCACCUGAUGAUCCUGUUUCGUGAUGGCGGCUGCCAGUUCCGGGCACUCUACUCCUACUUCCCCGACACGGAAGAGAUCCACAAGCUGACGGGCACCGGACCCAAGAGCAUCAGCAAGAAGAUGAUCGACAAGCUGUACAAGUACAGCUCGGACCGCAAACAGUUCACCGUCAUCCCUGCCAAGACUGUGUCGGUGAGCGUGGACGCCCUGACCAUCCACAACCACCUGUGGCAGGCCAAGAGAAGCGCUGUGCCAAAGAAAACGGGGAAGUAGCGGACCGCUUUCCGAUCUGCACCGUCUUAUCUCGCCGCCCAGCUUGGCCUGGAAACCUGCUUGGGAGGAUUGACGUCUAGGUGGAGGGACUGGUGAAUCAUCUCCUCCUCCCUGUGAUAUCGGUGUGAUUGCUUCAGGUUUAUUUUAGUUAUUUUGAAGCAAGCAUGUGGCAUUGUUUCUCUAAUAUGUAGAGAACGUCCAUUUUUACAUGGAGUAUUUAUUAGUUCAGCACUGUCGUGGUUGAAAGCUCGGCCGCAGCACUAAAUCCCCUUCUUCUCCUUCGGAUAAAUGUAGGCAUGAAGGUGGAGAGACGUUUGUUUUAACCGUUUAGGAUCAUCGGACCGCUCCGUCAAUCUGUUCCCAUGUUGACUGUCAAAUCAGGCUGGGAUCGCCGACUUCUGCCUCCCCACCGAUCUCCAGAAUCCUGCUGCUCUGAACUUUUUUUUCUUCUUUUUGUCAGGAUGGAGGAAACUCCAGACAUCCUUUUGCCUUCUCUCACACAUCGUGGUACUAUCAUCCAUUUAUACAGCCGCUUUUUAAACUAGACGCUGAUCGUGUAGCACCAGGUAGGUGUGUUGCAAAAAAGGGAAAAAACUGAUCAUUUAACUACAUUUUUAUUUGUUGAAGCAUCCCUUUUUUUUUCCCUUCAGGAGUUUUAGAAAAACGGGGAAACUACAGGCCUUGGUACAACAGUUUUUGUUUCGUUUUAGCUUUUUUAAAAUCGUUUUUAUUGAAGCGAUGUGGUUCAAGUUUACUCAGAUGUUAUGUGUUUUCAUCAUAACGGAAAUUCUCUGAUGUUUAGAGCUUAGUUGUGUUUUUGUUUUUGUUUCUCUCCACCGAGCACUCUUGAAUUGUCCUGUACAAAGGUGCACUCAAAAUACUUGUCGACAGCUUCUUUUCAUGCAAUGUAACCCCUCCGCCUCUUCCUCCCCUCUGAGUAUUUACAUCCCGUCUUUAUUCACACGAGCAGAGGACACUCUCGUCGUGAAGGGUGCUUCUCGCUUUGCUCCACUGACAGUAUUUGAUAUCCUCACGCUGGGGGGAGGGGUUGAGGGAGGGCUUGUGGCUCAGUUGUGUACCAACAUUAAAGAACAUUCCUCCAAGGUGUUGACAAGCACUGCCACAUCGUCUCUCUUCUUCACUGUCUUUGCAAAACUUCAAAGUGCUUCUUCUUCUUCCUUUUUUUUUUUUCUUUCUUUUUGUUAAAUAAACCAUUUGUUGGCCUCGAACAACCAGAAGUGUCGCACAAGCACUUUACUUUCUGUUCGGUUUCAGAGUUUGACAAACUAAUCCGUAACACUGCUGUUUGUAUAAAGAAAAAUCAAACGCUAAAGAUUUGAUACUGAUGGCUGCAGCUAAAGGCAUCACUGAAACGUUGCUACUGCUGUCUCUCCAAAAGUUACUCAAUACUUGAUGAAUCAUUUGCUGCAUUUCGAUGUGCGUGUGUGUGUCUGUGUGUGUGGAGGGGUGCUUAAGUGGUGGAAAGUGGUCUUUAAAUGUAUGAAAGUAUAUUUUUAUGUUAACUAAAAGAUUGUAUUGGCAUUUGAUCACCAUUUUUUGUUACACUAUUGUACUUUUCAUCCAUGUUUGAUUUUAUCUUUGAUCCCAUGUCAUCUAUUUAUUUUAAAAUUGAAGCACUGAAACAAUAAAUUUCCAAGUAAAUAAAAGUCACUUUUUUUUCCA